AUGGAAGAGUUUGCAGACACCAAAGAAGACGAAAACAAGAAAAUUGUUCACACCUAUCCAUUAGUGCAAGCGUGUGAUAUGUCAGAAGAAAUGAAAGCUGAAACGGUUGAAGUUAUAAUUACAGCAUGCGAAAAAUUUGGAACAGAUUAUUUCGCGGCGGCCAAGACGGUGAAACAAAUGCUCGAUAAAAAAUACGGUCCUCAGUGGAACGCGGUGGUCGGAGAAGCUUUCGGCAUACAAAUAACGCACCAGACCAAUACGUUGAUGUACAUGUUUUUUGGCGGCAAUCUCGGCAUUUGCGCCUGGAAAAUCUAA